AUGGAAUUGGGAGAACUUCAAACUCUUAUAAGUAAAUCUAUUGAACAGAUAAAACCUGAUCAAAUUGUUUCACUUAUUAAUUGGCUCGAUGGAGAAAUUUCAAAAUAUCGAAUAACAGCACUAUUAUCAACACCGACUCAAUCAGUAAUAACUCCUAAAAUCAAUAAUGGUCAACGUUUUGUAUGUACUUGUGGUCGAUCUUAUGCUGCCGAAAUCACGAUACGUGAAACAACCAAUGUUGAAACGAGUUCUCCACCUGCUACGCCUAUGUUUUUGUUCAAAAACGAUCUCAAACAUCAACAAUUGUCACAAGAAUCUAUGUCAAAACGACCGAAAGUAUUAAUGGCUGAACCAUCAACGUCUCUUAUUCCAACGACAAAUACCACCACAACAACAUCAUCAACAUUUUCUGAUCGAUUGAAUGCACAAGCAAUUGUUUCGAAUUGGCAAAUAGCAAAUCUGAAAGCGUAUGAAAAUAGUCCAGAAUUGAUAGCAGCCGAGUCGAAUCGUGGUGAAAGUGAUAUCGAAUUAUCAAGUGAUGAUUCAAGAUGUUUAGAUGAUAUUGACGCUGUUUUAUCGCCAGAUAAAAAUACAGUAUCGAAUUUUAUCUAUUCGAGCAGUCUAUGGCCACCAUCUCUAUCACCGACAAAUGUUUGUUUGUCGUAUUCAAAUCAUAACCAUGAAGAUCGUCGACCAGAACAACAGCAUCAACAUCAGCUACUGCAUCAACAGACGAUGAACAUUAAACAAAUAAGCAAUGAACCAUUAUCACCGAUACCUGGUCUUAUUCAUGAUGGAGAAUCAAGAAAACUAGUGGCAACAAUACAUCGUCGGCCGAUGCUUGUUGCUUUUACCGAUCCAGAAGCUUGCUCACCGGCAGGACCGACUCAUUUUAAAUGUACUCAAUGUCAUGAAACAUUUGAUAGUUUACUACUUGGACAAGAACACGCCAAUAAUGGCAUGUGUACAACUGAUAAUACAGUUAACGUACUGGAGAAUUCUGAUUCUCAUGUAUCACCGGCAACCCCAUUAUUUGAUUCUCUUCAAGAAAAUGUGGACGAAGUACUGAAUUCUCGUCUAGAUUCAAAAUCAGCAUGUCCCAUUUGUAAUAAAGUAUUUAGUAGUGUUCAUACAAUGAUUCGCCAUAGAACAUCAAUACAUGAAAGACAAGUUCGAUAUGGAUGCAAUAUUUGUGGUCGUUUCUUUUUUCGUAAAGAUAAGUUAACUUCACAUAUGGUUUAUCAUCAAGAUUUUGAUACCUAUGUUUGUUGUAUUUGUUCACUUGGCUGUAAAUCACGUAUGUUAAUGAGACAACAUUUAAAACGAGAUCAUACGAUAUCAGGUGAAGAUACCGGUUUUAACGAAAUACUUAGCCGUUGUCAAGUUAAAAAGUCAUUGAAUCUAGAAGCAAACAUGUCUGUUGCAUAUGGUGCUGAUAGACAAAUAACGCCGUUGAAACGAAAUAUAAAUAUCAUUUCAACCGAAACCGAUAUUAAGCGAACGACGAGUAAUUAA